CUUUUCUCUCUCCUGAACUAAGUGGAUUCAAACAAGACCAUGCUAUACAUUAUUCAUGGUCCAGUUUUGAGCGGUGGUUUGUUUCUUUCUCCUGUCCCUUUUUGCAUGCUGCUGCUUAUGUUCUGGUGGCAGGGAUUAUGAGUCGAUGCUGCUUAGUUGAAGUGAUAACAGUGAUAGAAAUCCAAUCAGUGCCGAACUCAGCAAUGCCUCAUUUAACUGAUCGACCUUAUUACAAGGUCCAAACACAAGUGGAAAACCCAACUAGGUACCAUAUACAGCAAGCACAGAGACACCAAGUUAAGCAGUAUCUGCCUCUAGACACCAAGUUGCCCAAUCAGACCCUAACACUGACUCCUCCACAAGCCACAGGUGCCACACAUUUGGUACAGAAUGGACACGCACCUCCUGACAGCAAGAUUGGGAUCACAGAAAAUCCAAUCACCAAGUUGUUAGCUCUUGGGAAGGACCACGAAAAUGUGAUGGAUGAUGUUUUUGAGAACAUAAUCAGCAUGGAAUCAAGUUUUAAUGAUAAAGGAACAAGUUGUCCAGAAGAUCCACUCCUAAUGCAAAGGACGUUAUCUGGAAGCAUCUUGGAUGUGUACAAUGGUGACCAGGGGAUUUCACCAGUUAACAUGGGACUUACUAAUGCUUCCUGUCCAAGUCUGCCUGUGAAAAGGGAAACCCCAGAAACAGAUACCCGGGCUCUGGCAAAAGAGAGGCAAAAAAAGGACAAUCACAAUCUCAUUGAAAGAAGAAGAAGGUACAAUAUUAAUUACCGAAUCAAGGAGCUUGGCACUCUUAUUCCAAAGUCUAAUGAUCCUGAUAUGCGCUGGAACAAAGGAACUAUUUUAAAAGCAUCAGUGGAGUACAUCAAAUGGCUACAAAAAGAACAACAGAGAGCCCGAGAAUUAGAACACAGGCAGAAGAAAUUAGAGCUGGUUAACCGACAGCUUCUACUUCGAAUUCAGGAACUGGAAAUACAGGCUCGGGCACAUGGUCUGCCAAUCAUCUCUUCACACAGUGCAAUUGAUUUGGCUGCCCAUACCACCAAUCAUCAGACCUAUCCAGAGGAUAAAUCAGGCGAUUAUUCCCAAGAACUGACUCUGGCUCAGGGAUCAAGAUCUGACCUCUGUGAUGGAUCCAUGUCUUUUUCUUAUCCCCUGUCACACUUUACUGAUUUAUCAUUUAGUGCUGCCUUGAAAGAAGAACAAAGAUUGGAUCAUAUAUUACUGGAUGAUUCCAUAUCUCCAUUUGGAACAGAUCCUCUGCUAUCUGCCACUUCACCUACAGUAUCCAAAGAUAGCAGUAGGAGAAGUAGUUUUAGCACAGAUGAUGGAGAUGAGCUAUAAAAAAGAAAAAAAAACUGAACAGACCCAAUCUUCACAUUGGGAAUGAAUUCUCUGCUGGUGCUACGCCAUUAUGCUCUGAGUCUGGUACAUUGCUGAGGCUUAAUUUUUGUAACAGAGUAAAUUGUUCAUGGCAAACUGGGUUUUGAGGAGUGUUGAAGCAAAGGAGGAGACUGCUUGAAGAUUCAAAAUUAAGUUGGAGGAAUAUUUUUGGCUAAAGUUACCUAAUUUGCAUGGAGACUUCUUUCUGUCUGAAGUUUUCAACCAAUAUUGAAAUGGUUCCCAGGAAAGGAUGUGUGAAAAUUAUAACUAAGAAAUAAACAUAGGAUACAGACUUCUACUUUGGAGUUAGCCCUGCACUGAGGUUUGAAAGUAAAAACUGAGCUAAGUGCUUA